UUAGCUUGUAAAUGAGUGUGGGAUUUAAUUAAGAAGAAAAAGUGAGAGAAUGGAAGACAAAAAGGCAGUUUUUUUCCCACCUUUUUUUUUAUUUUUUAUUUUCUUCUCUGAAAGCUGUGGAGAUUUGCGGACUACGACGACUCGGAUGUUUUCUAUCGGGCGAAGAUCUCAACUUGUAGGACUACCAGCACUCUAAUGGAAGGGGACUCCCCUGACCGUGAUUCUGUCGAGUCCGGAACAAAGAGGUCCAGUGCAUCAUCAGGAGGGAGAUCACGGAGUCGUAAAGAGUUCCUCAGAAAGUUUGUAGACCAUCAACUCCUAACAGAAAAGCUUGAAGACUGGUUUUCAGCAAUAUCAGAAAAUUCUGCAUGUACAGCUCCUGUGUUAGAUGUCCCUUUUAUGUUGUCGGAAGUUCAAAAGUUGGAUUAUGCACUGGAAGGGGUUUCAUUUCAGCAGUUGAUUCGGAUGCCAAGUGCAGUUUAUGCGUCAACAUCAGAUGCUGUUGAAGCCACUGCCUAUCUUGCCAUCGAAGAUUUCUUACAUGCAGGCGUGAAGGGGUUGUGGGAAGCAUUUUGGAGUCAAGGUGGGCCUAUGCCUUUCUCGAUUUCCUGUCUGCACAGUGAAAAUUUGAAAUUCUAUGCCGCAGAAAAGGCAAUUGCGAAUGGAAAGCUUGAAGGCCUUUGUGCCACUGCUGUAAUGCUGAAGAGCACCCGACAUUCACAUGGAAAAUGGGACCACAUUCUUGAAUUAGUACUGAUGAGGCCCGAUGUUGGGAGUUUUGCAAUUGAAAGUAACCAGCUUCCUUCACAAUCUGUCCUUGGGGAAGCCCUCUUCUUUGCUCUGCGUAUACUAUUAUCAAGAAGCCUCAGCAGAUCUAGUAUCCUUCAUAAUUCUAGUUCUGUCUUUGUGCUUCUUGUUGAUUCGCAAUAUGGGGGGGUCGUAAAAGUUGAAGGAGAUCUGAAUAAAUUGGACCAUGAUGUGAACAGUGUCUAUGAAUGUGCUGCUGAAUGGAUCAGAAAACAUUCAAAAAUUGCAGUUUCACCCAUUGAUAGGAUCUGGAACAAGCUUGGGAAUGCCAACUGGGGGGACGUUGGUGCUCUUCAGGUGCUUCUGGCAACGUUCCAUUGUAUUGUUCAAGUAGCUGGAAUGCCAAAACAUUCAGUAGAUGAUUUAGCAGCUGAACAUUGUUCUCGUCUUCAAACCCGAAGAGCAGAAAGGCAAUUGGGGGAUAACCGAGUGAACGGAAAUGGUUUAUUCAGGUUUCAGCCUCACAAUGGUACCUCUGAAAUUGUUGAAGUUCAGGAUGAAUCCCUCAAUGUUGAAUCUGAUGAGGUAAUGAAGCUGGAUGCAGGAUCUAUUCUGUUGAUGGAGGAUUCAAACUGGCAAAAGGGUUUUCAGAUCAAUGAAGUUUUGCGUGAUGGCGAACUUUUGUUCUACAGUGCAAAUUCAUUGGAAGAACCAGGAAAGGAUUUAUUUUUGUAUGUUGGGUCUCAUCCUUCUCAGCUGGAACCGGCAUGGGAAGAUAUGAACUUGUGGUAUCAGGUUCAGAGGCAGACUAAAAUAUUAACUGUUAUGAAACAGAGGGGCCUUUCUAACAAGUAUUUGCCUCAGCUGGUUGCAUCUGGCAGGAUAGUUCACCCUGGUCAAUGUAGGAGACCAAGCUCUGGUGGGAAUUGUGACCACCCAUGGUGUGGAACUCCAGUCCUUGUUACCAGUCCAGUUGGUGAGUCAGUUGCAGACUUGGUUAGAGAUGGGCGAUUUAAUUCAGAUGAGGCUCUCAGGUGUUGCCAUGAUUGCUUAUCAGCACUGUCAACAGCAGCCUCUGCUGGAAUUCGGCAUGGAGACAUCCGCCCAGAGAAUGUGAUUCGUGUAAGCACUGGUGUCAGGCAUCCUUAUUAUGUCCUUAUUGGGUGGGGGCAUGCUAUUUUAGAAGAGAGGGAUCGCCCAGCAAUGAACCUUCUUUACUCUUCUACUUAUGCUCUUCAGGAAGGUAAGUUAUGCUCAGCUUCAGAUGCAGAGAGUCUGGUCUACUUGAUCUAUUUCUCGUCUGGUGGGGUUUUGCCAGACUUGGAUUCUGUGGAGGGGGCACUCCAGUGGAGGGAAACCUCUUGGUCGAGAAGAUUGAUUCAGCAAAAGCUUGGCGACAUUUCAGCUGUGCUGAAAGCCUUGGCUGAUUAUGUGGACAGUCUUUGUGGUACACCCUAUCAUAUGGACUUUGAGAUAUGGCUGAGAAGGUUAAGAAGAAGUAUUCAGGAGGAAGAACACGGUAAAGAGAUUGACACAUCAGGGUAGUUUUAAUUUUUUUUUUCUUUUUCUUUUAAUAUAUAUAUUUUUCAUUUGUAUCUACAGUGGCAGACCGAGUCCUCAUGAACUUCUGCAACACUCAGUUCCCAAGGUUUGGGACAUGUUUGGAUUUUCAUGAGGCCUCUGAAACAAGUGAUUUAAACACUGUUGUUCAGGCUGGAGGUUUUUUCUAUUGGUUGUGGAAGCUGUCCAGAUAUCUGUU